UGCAACGCUGGGGCCGAGGAACCCCUUCUGGCGCUAGAGCCGGAUCUGGAUCCCGAUCCCGAGCUGGAGCCGAAGUCUCCCCUCGGGUCUGAGCCUCGGGCCCCGGCUCCCGGGUGUCGUUAAUGUUCCGGGCGGCCUGGAGCCAACUGAUCGAAGCUCGAGCCACGGCGAACCGCUGGCAUUUUAGUCGCACUAUGGAGGAACUUGUUCAUGAUCUUGUCUCGGCCCUAGAGGAGAGUUCAGAACAAGCCAGAGGAGGAUUUGCAGACCCAGGAGAUCACUCUCGAAGUCUGGCUUGUCCAUUGAAACGCCAGGCAAGGAAAAGGAGGGGGAGAAAACGGCGGUCAUAUAAUAUUCAUCCUCCUUGGGAGACAGGCCACUGUUUAAGUGAAGGUUCAGAUUCCAGUUUAGAGGAAUCAAGCAAGGACUACAGAGAGAAUCAUAAUAACAAGAAGAAAGAUCAUAGUGACUCUGAUGACCACAUGUUAGUAGCAAAGCCUGGACCUUCAUCCAACCUAAAUAAUGUUAGAGGUAAACGGCCCUUAUGGCAUGAGUCAGAUCUUGCUAUAGAUAACUUAGGUAGUAACAGAACUCUCCGUAGAAGAAGAAAGGUGAAACGCAUGGCAAUAGAUCCACCAUCUGAAAUCUCUAACUCACUGACACUGACUCCGCAGCAUGAAAAUAGAGAUCAAGAAAUGGACAAUGACUGUCGACCUUACCAAUACCAGGAGUUCAGUAAAAACAAAGUAAAAAAAAGAAAAUUAAAAAUUACCAGACAAGGACCGAAAAUCCAAGAAGAUGGAAUAGUUUGGGAAAGUGAAGAAUUGGUCCAAGUCAAUAAAGAUAAAAUGGAAUAUGAAGAACAAAAAGGCUCAGAUGAGAUCAUGAGUGAAAGUGACUCCAGCAGCCUCAGCAGCACUGAUGCUGGUUUGUUUACCAAUGAUGAGGGAAGACAAGGUGAUGAUGAGCAGAGUGAUUGGUUCUAUGAAAAGGAGUCUGGCGGGGCAUGUGGCAUCACAGGAGUCAUUCCCUGGUGGCAGACAGAAGAAGCUACGGAACUAGGAAAAGAAUUACCAGAUCCUGUCUUUCAAAGUAUCUUAAGUGGCUCUUUUCCUCUUAUGUCACCUUCAGGCAGAAGAGGUUUCCAGGCUAGACUCAAUCAUUUACAUGGAGUGCCCUCAAAGAACAUCAAAAAAUCUGGAGGAAAUUCUACUGCAAUGGUUGCUACAUCUGGCCCAGUAAGUAACAAGAGAAUGGUUCACUAUUCCCCUGAUUCCCAUCACCAUGAUCAUUGGUUUAGUCCUGGGGCCAGGACAGAGCAUGUCCAGCUUCAGCUCCUAAGAGAUAACCGAUCAGAAAGAGGACACAAAAAAAAUUGUUCAGUGAAAACUGCAAGCAGACAAACAAGUAUGCAUUUAGGAUCUUUGUGCAUGGGAGAUGUCAAAAGGAGAAGAAAGGCUGCGCCCUUGCCGGGACCUCCUGCAACAGGAUUUGUAGGUGAAAAUGCACAACCAAUCCCAGAGACCAACAUUGGAAACCGAAUGCUUCAGAGCAUGGGCUGGACACCCGGGACAGGCCUCGGAAGAGAUGGCAAAGGAAUGUCUGAGCCAAUACAGGCCAUACAGAGGCCAAAAGGAUUAGGACUUGGAUUUAGCCGCCAGAACACCACACCAACAAAUCCUGGCAAAUUCAAGAGUCAAGAAAGAACAGCAGACACAAAACAUUAAAUGCACUUCGGGAACCAAAAGGACGUUUACUGAACAAAGAGACAGGCUGCACAAAGGAGGUCUUUUCUGGGUGACAACUUCGAUGGAGUGUUAGCAGUGGAUAAUCCCCUCUGCUUUCUACAAAG